ACGUAAGCGUAUUAUUUGAUUGCUAAAGAAUUUUAUUACUUGAAUCGAUCCAUCGCAAUAAUCGAAAUAAUAGUCGAGUUUUUUAGUGUGUUAUCACACCGCGAGAUGUCUUGAAUAUCGCCAACUUCAAGUUCUUGAUAUCUAAUUUGUUUUUUUCGAACCAAUUUAUUUAUCUCUCGAGCAGGAAGAAAAUGUGCUCUUACUGUCAAGUAACAGCAGGACCGUAUACAGUCGCAUGCCUUCACACAUGCCGCGACCACCUUUCAAAAGGAAGUACAAACUCUCCCGGCUGUCGCGUAUUAAAUUUUAACAUACGGGAGUUUAUUGAAUCAUUCCUCAUUCUAUUUAUUAAGAGUAAUUUAUUGAUACUUGUUACAACUUGUGACAUACAAUAAUAAACAUGGAGAUCGAUAAAAGAUUUUUAAAUGUGCUGAUGCUGAGCUUUGGAUUUAUGCUUGUAUUUACUGCAUUCCAAACAAUGGGUAACAUUGAGAAAACUGUCCUAGUAAGUAUCAAGAAUGAAGAUCCAAGCUUUGACGGUGACGGUUAUACCAGCUUGGCGAUAAUUUAUGCAGCCUUGGCAAUUUGCAACUGGUUGGCGCCUUCAUUUAUUUCUAUGACUGGGCCAAGAGUAGCAAUUUUUAUUGGAGCUUGUUGUUAUGCAUUUUUUAUUGCUUCUUUUCUCAGUCCUAGUGCCAAAUUUUUAUACACAGCAUCAGCAAUUCUUGGAUUCGGAGGUUCAUUAAUAUGGACUGGCCAUGGGCAAUAUUUAACUGAGAACAGUGACUCGGAAACAAUGUCGAGGAAUGCAGGAUUAUUUUGGGCAAUAUUCCAAAGUUCAUUGUUCGCUGGAAAUUUAUUUGUGUAUUUCAUGUUCACCGAAGCUACGAUUGAUGCAGUAACUAGAAGACAUGUCUUUUGGGUUCUUACAGCAUUGUCAAUACUAGGAACAUUGUUACUUGCAUUCUUAAGACGACCACCAUUUCGUUUAUCACUUGGUGAAGCUGAAGGAGUUUCUAGCGCUGAUAAAGAACUCUCUAUCCCUGAACCACAAGGUCAAAAAGGAUAUUUAGCUGCUUGGAAUGCAUUCAAGGAUGCUUUAAAACUAUUCACAACUUGUAAAAUGAUGUUGCUAUCAUUGACAUUUAUUUAUACCGGCUUAGCACUGACAUUCUUCUCUGGUGUUUACUCCUCGAGCAUUGGCUUUACUGAAGCCAUGGGUGAAAAAAGGAAAAGUCUCGUUGGACUUUCUGGAAUUUGCAUUGGUAUUGGUGAAGUAGUAGGAGGAGCAAUCUUUGGAAUUUUAGCUUCUAGAACUGGAACUCUCGGUCGUUGCACAGGAUGGCCAGUCGUUAUUACUGGAUUCUUUGUCAGUUUAUUCGCCUAUAUCACUAUCCUGUUAAAUUUACCAAACAACUCGCCUUUUACAGAUACUAAUCAAGUUGGUUUUAUCAAUCCUCUACCAGUGCUCGCCAUGUUUGGAAGUCUUACCCUUGGCUUCGGUGAUGCCUGUUUCAAUACACAAAUUUAUUCACUUUUAGGUGUUAUUUAUGCAAAAGAAAGUGCACCAGCAUUUGCACUUUUCAAAUUUACACAAUCAGUUGCCGCAGCAAUUAGUUUUAUCUACUCUAGUUACAUUGGACUACAUGUCCAACUGUCUAUCUUAUUUGUAUCAAUGAUACUUGGAACAGUGGCAUUUUGCUUUGUUGAACGUCGACAGAGUAAAAGAAGAAAUUCAGAUUAUACUGAGACUGAGACUACGUUAGGUAAUAGCAUAGGUAUUGAAGGGUAAAAUGAAGGUUCUAUUUUAUCCUUAAAAGAAUAAAUAAAUAAAUUCAAGUCCUUCCAAAAAGGCAUGUAAUAAGGUGAUGGAUGUCUUUUGAAAAAAGAAAAAAAAAAACGAUAAAAUUCACUUUGUAUCAUAUAAAUUUUACAGACUGUCAUUCCUUAGAUAAAAUUUCGAACAUAAAAAAACCAUCAAAAUAUAAGAGAUAAAUAUUUAACUAUCACUUACAUUAAAUAUAUAACUGAAGACUAUUUUAACUACAUUUGGAAAUGAACAUAGUGAAUUCGCAAAAUUCUUUGUUUAAAUAAUUUUCUAGUGCUCAAAUAACAAUUGAUAAUAAAUGUAUUUAUUAUCUUUAAAUGAGUGAACCUAAAUACUUAAGAGCUCUAAUUGUGAUACGUAUCAUUCGAGUGAAUGUAUUUUUCUUACGUAAAAAAUUGGAACAUACUUUAACUGGUAUUUAUAAUGUUUUAAAUAUUAACUAAAUUGAUAUCAAAAUGUUAAGUAAUGCCUAACACAGAUAAGUCCGAAUUUCGUUACGAAUUUUGAAAUUAAUAAUCGACUAAUUUUUCAAUGAAUCGUUAACUCAGUAAUUCAAUUACAAAUUAUGAUUAGAAUAUCUCGAUUGCGAUAAAUUCUAUUGAAUUAUGUCAAGUAAAAUCAGUAAAUACAUA